CCUUGUGUUAGAGGCACAAAAGUGAGAAAGAUUAAUUAGAAGAGAAAAAGAAAAAAUGAGGGCUAGCUUAUCAUGUGGUGCAUUGGUGGUGUUGAUGGUUGUGGUGAUGGGCGUGUUUGAGAUUCCAAUGGUGAAAGGAGCCAUAAGUCCCAGCCAGUGUGAGCAGGAGAAGAGGCUUCUGGUUAACGCAUGCAGGGCAGUUGUAUUAGGCCGAAACCCCUCUGCCAACUGUUGCCAACGCGUUAGAGUGACUCAUUUUGAGUGUGUAUGCCCUUAUGUUACUCCUAAGUUGGCUGCUCUCCUUGGAGUUCAACGUACCAUUAAGCAAGUUCAAGGGUGUGGCAGGACUGUUCCACGCAACUUCAAGUGUGGAAGUAUCACUACUCCUCCAUGAUCAGAAAGAAUCGUGCCGAGAUGAAUGAUGAUCAAUAAAAUGAUGUCCAGUUUGUGUUGAUUUGAUCGGCCAGCAGUGAAUAACAUAUGUUUCUUUUCAACUGCUCUUUUGCAUAUACAUGUGCAUACGAGUAAGGAAGAGAGAUGUAAUGAAUGUAUAAGCUGUUUCUAUUAAUUCCUAAAUCAAUAAUAAGAUGACUUCGCA